GAAUCUGCGAAGGAGCGCCGAAGAUGAAAAGAGGCGGACAAUCAAGGAGAGCUGAGGCGCGGGCUGUCGUCAAAGCGUCGGAAGUCGUUCUGGUUGGUGUUGAGGCGAUAAUGAUGGAGAAAGGCGGCUGAUGCAGCGAGUGACGCAGGUCAGCGGUAGCACCAGCCACGGAUCGCCGGGGCGAGUGUUGUUCCGGAGCCGGGAUGCAGGGGUGUCAACUAGGAAGGCGGUCAGGAGCUUUUGCUGCGACGCUUGGAAAAAAAAUUAUGGGAAUCUGGAGAAAGAUCCGCCCCGCCAGGAACUUUUUUUUUCUGCAUUGGCAAGUCUUUUCAUAUCAACAGCUGGAUUUUCCUUCUUCUCUCUUCCUCUUGUUCCUUCUCAUCAACUUGGGCAAAGGGUCCUCUUGUGAGGAAUUCAGACAAGAUGGCGUCUGACGAGAUUGUGUGGCAAAUCAUCAACCAGCAGUUUUGCGCUUUCAAAUUAAA